AUGAAGACCUUUUGUCUAGCUAUUGCUGCAACCCUCAUAUCUGGAGCUGCAGCCACAGGUCCAGCAAGAUUCGAUUACGAUGGAACGCCAAGUGGUAACAAUAAAUGCGCCCUCAUAAACGUUAUCAUGGACGAAUCUGGAUCCAUGACAGGUGAUCAAAACUUCAUGAAGACUAGGGUUUUGCCAAAAUUGGGACAAACCCUGCAUAGCGCUACUUACGGUUAUGAUGAUGUCUUCUUGUGCAGUGCUGGAUUCGGCUACGGAACUGCACACUACGCGAAUAAUGCCAACUACUACCACAUGGGUUGCACCAAGAUCACUGCUGCCGGUGACAUCAUUAACAUGAAUGUUGUCGAUUGGUUAUCGUAUGGCUCAACGGAAGAUGGCUGGUUAGCAAUGAAGCAAGGAAUGGCAGACGUCUAUGCUCAGAUUGAAGGUGUCAACUUGCUCAACAAUUGCGCCAGCAUUGACAAAAAUAUGAUUCUGGUUACCGAUGAAGAUCGUGACUGUACUACCUAUGUCAACAAAUCUUGGCUGAAAUGGAAGAUCUAUGACAAUGGUUACAUCCUGAACGUUGUUGUUGAUAUCUGUAUCGGACAUGUUGGGAUCUCAAGCGCAAGUUCCUGCAGGGGAAGCUACGCCCCUGAUGCGAACAAGUUCGGUAUGCAGAUUUCAAGUGGUGGUGGUGACGCCACUGUUUUCGAAUAUUCGUCAACUGCAGCUUCGCACUACGUGGAGCAGGCUGUAACCAAUACCUGGUAUGACAGCUACGUCUGGCAUGAUGCCGGUACUGCGGAUCACUACAGUGAUCUGGUGAUUGAUGAGGCUGGUGCUGUUUGGAACAUUAACUCAAUGCGAUGCACUCUUCCGGGUGUUGCCGAAGCAUUCGCUGAUGUCUUUGUUAUCAUCAAGGCCCUAGAGCUUUCUGGUCCCGACGACCGCGGCGAAAGCAGCAGUAAUGGAGAUCCACACUUCACAACUUGGAAAAAGGAACACUACGAAUACCAUGGACAAUGCGACUUGGUACUUGCAAAAGACCCUGCUUUUGCCGGUGGCCUUGGUCUCGAUAUUCAGAUUCGUACCAAACUGGUUCGAUUCUGGAGCUAUAUUGGCAGUGCAGCAAUUCGCAUCGGCGCUGACAUCUUGGAAAUCCAAGGGCAUGGGAGCGAACAAGAUGCAAAGUACUGGAUUAACUUUGAACGCAAAGGUUCUUUAAGCACCGUUGGUGGAUUUCCAGUAAGGAUUGCCGAUAUUGAUGAUGGUAGUAAGGGCAUUCAACGGGUUACCUACGAGAUAGACCUGGGCUCGAAGUACCCUGGUCAAAUGAUUGUGAUCCGUACGUUCAAAGAGUUUGUGAACGUCCGUGUGGUUGGUGCUACUGCGGAAGCUUUUGGAAGCGCGGUUGGAAUGUGGGGAGACUUCAGAACAGGACAUACUUUAGCUCGAGAUGGAGUCACAGUACUAAGUGAUUUCUCAGAGUUUGGAAGCGAGUGGCAAGUACUGCCAUCAGAUGAGAUGCUCUUCUAUACAACAGAGGAACCACAGUUCCCUCAGAAGUGUAUUGAGCCAGAAGAUCCACGUGGCCAACGUCGCCGCCGACUUGACGAGUCUUCGAUUUCCGAAACAGAGGCUGAGAAAGCUUGCUCUGCCUUGAAGGAUCCAAUGGAUCGCAAAGACUGUGUCUAUGACAUCCUCGCGACCCAAGAUUUGGACAUGGUUGGGGCAUUCUAA